AUGGCAGAGCCUGAGGAGCCCCCAGUAAACGCCGACAUUGUCAAUGUGUUGUUUAAGAAGGACCCUGGCAACAACGGCGAAGUGAUGCGCAGAAACAAGCGCGCCGAAUGGCAAACAGCAAUGCAAGAAGAGAUCGCGGCGCUGGAAGACAGUGGAGUCUUGCGCGUCAUCAAGCGAAGCCCCGGCUCGAAUGCUUUACACUCGAAAUGGGUCUACAAGACCAGUACCGGCGCGGAUGGCGAGCUGGAACGGCAAGAGGCGCGGCCUGUGGCCUGUGGCGACGAGCAGGUGCUCGGGUUGACUACAACUUGA